CCUUUUCGAUCCGCCUCGGCGGCGGGAAUGCCAGUUGCAUUCGGAAUGGAUCAGUGGACGGGUGUGCACCGGGCGUUCGUCAUACGCGCCUACUACAAGAGCAACGACUCCAUCAGCACCGCCCAGCGGCUCUUCAAGAAGCAGUUCAGCAUUUACCAGACGCCGCCGACGAAUGUCAUCAAGUCCUGGCUAAGGCACUUCGAGAGCACGGGCUCCUCGCAAGGAGGCUGCGGCGGAUAUGCCAGAUCCUCGCUGCCAGUAAGUGCAGUUCUUAGGCCCACAAAUCUUCUGUACCAUCUGCAAUCAGUGCCUGAGUAAUGAGAAGAACUUCAGCAGCUCCGUGAAGUAAAUAUGACAUGGCGCAUAAGUUAAGCUGUUUAUCGUGUAUAAGUUAGUGUGUAUGGUUCGCCAAUAAAUUUCUUGGCUAAUUAACAAGCUUGCCAAAUCAACA